GCCAUUCUCCUCUCCUGUUCGACUAUCCGUGUGCUUCCCUGGAGUGCUGCGCUGGAGCUCUCUGUUUUGCUUGACUUCUGCUCUGCGCUGCUUUCCUGAUGCACUUGUACAAUCUUACACUCCAACCCCCGACCGCCAUCACCCACGCGGUCGCGGGUAACUUCUCUGGCUCGAGGACGCAGGAAAUUGUCGUGUCGCGCGGUACGCGUCUCGAGCUCCUCAGACCGGAUGUGCAAAGCGGCAAAGUUGCCACUGUCAUCGCGUCUGAUGUGUUUGGCUCCAUCCGUUCUCUCGCCGCCUUUCGUUUGACCGGUGGUACCAAGGAUUAUGUGAUCGUAGGCUCUGACUCGGGACGGAUCGUCAUCCUCGACUAUGAUCCCAAGACGAGCAGCUUCGUCAAGGUCCACCAGGAGACGUUCGGCAAGUCGGGCGCGCGGCGAAUCGUUCCUGGCCAGUAUCUGGCCACAGACCCAAAAGGUCGCAGCGUAAUGAUCGCGGCCAUGGAGAAGGCGAAACUAGUGUAUAUUCUCAACCGAGACGCUGCUGCAAACCUCACUAUCUCGUCGCCCCUGGAAGCCCACAAAAACAACGCGAUCAUCCACCACAUAGUCGGCCUGGAUGUCGGCUUCGAAAACCCGACUUUUGCUGCUCUGGAGGUGGAUUACUCGGAGUCGGACCAGGACCCGUCGGGGGAGGCAUUCAACAAUGCGGAGAAGAUGCUCACGUAUUACGAGCUUGACCUUGGUCUGAACCACGUUGUGCGAAAAUGGAGCGAACCUACCGACCCGCGAGCCAACCUGCUUGUGCAAGUACCUGGUGGGCAGCUUGCGACUUCUGAUCGCUAUGACGGCCCGUCUGGUGUGCUUGUAUGCUGCGAAGACCACAUCAUUUACCGACACAUGGAUGCGCCACAACAUCGUGUACCCAUUCCGCGGAGGCGACAUCCGCUCGAGGACCCGGAGCGCGGGCUCAUCAUCACCGCCGCUGUCAUGCACAAAAUGAAGGGCGCGUUUUUCUUCCUUUUGCAAAGCGAGGAGGGUGACCUGUACAAGGUCACCAUCGAGCACGAGGAGCAGGAUGUGAAGGCACUUAAGAUCAAGUACUUUGACACUGUUCCCGUUGCGUCCGGUCUAUGCAUUCUGAAGUCUGGCUUUUUGUUCGUAGCGUCAGAAUUUGGCAACCACUACUUCUACCAAUUUCAAAAGCUCGGCGACGAUGACAACGAGCCAGAAUUCAGUUCGGGAGACUACCCGUCGUACGGCAUGGCGGAUCCCACCGCGGCGCUGCCCCGCGCAUACUUCCGCCCCCGCGCGCUUGACAACCUGACGCUGGUGGACGAGUUGGAAUCUCUUUGCCCGAUACUAGACUCGAAGGUCAUGAACCUACUGCCGAACUCCGAUACCCCUCAGAUUUUCGCCGCAUGUGGUCGCGGGGCGAGGAGUACGUUCCGGACGCUCCGUCAUGGUCUCGAGGUGGAGGAAGUCGUUAGCUCUGACCUUCCUGGUAUUCCGAAUGCUGUGUGGACGACGAAGCUCAAGGAGGAUGACCCCUACGACUCGUACAUCAUUCUCUCGUUCGUCAACGGAACGCUCGUUCUCUGCAUUGGGGAGACAAUCGAGGAGGUCCAAGACACUGGUUUCCUUUCGUCCGCUCCCACUCUCGCUGUACAACAGAUCGGUGCGGACGCGCUGCUCCAGGUCCAUCCCCACGGUAUUCGCCACGUGCUUUCGGACCGUCGCGUAAACGAAUGGAGGGUACCCUCCGGCAAGACCAUUGUAUGUGCGACAACGAACAAGCGUCAGGUGGUGGUCGCGCUCAGCUCCGCCGAGCUGGUAUACUUUGAGUUGGACCUUGAUGGGCAGUUGAACGAGUACCAGGACAGGAAGGCGAUGGGUAGCACUGUCCUUGCUCUGAGUAUCGCGGAGGUUCCCGAGGGCCGUCAGCGGACGCCGUACUUGGCUGUGGGCUGUGAGGACCAAACCGUCCGUAUCGUGUCUCUCGACCCUGAGAGCACACUAGAGACGAUCAGCCUACAAGCCCUGACUGCACCGCCGUCCGCGAUCUGCAUCGCCGACAUGCUGGAUGCGGGCAUCAACAAGACGCAGCCUACGACCUUCGUCAACAUCGGUCUCCAGAACGGCGUCUUGCUCCGUACGGUGCUUGACCCCGUCAACGGGCAGCUGACUGACACCCGCACGCGCUUCCUCGGCACUCGUCCAAUCCGCCUCCUGCGCGUGAACAUCCAACGGAACCCUGCGAUCCUCGCGUUGUCUUCGCGCCCGUGGCUCAACUACACACAUCAAAAUUUCAUGCACUUCACGCCGCUUAUCUUCGAGAACUUGGACUAUGCUUGGAGUUUCUCGGCGGAGCUGUGCCAGGAGGGUCUGAUCGGUAUAUCGGGGAGCUUACUUCGGAUAUUCCAGAUUCCGAAGCUGGGUACAAAGCUCAAGCAGGACUCAAUACCGUUGUCGUACACGCCCCGCAAAUUGAUCCCUCACCCUCACAAUGGACUCCUAUAUCUCAUCGAGGGUGAUCACCGGGUGAUGAGCGAGGAGGCUGCGGCGAAGCAGUUGCAGCAGUUGCGGGAAAGUGGUCGGGCAGUCGAUGAGGAGAUGGUGAACCUGCCUCCCGAGCAAUUUGGACGACCGAAGGCGCCUGCGGGUACUUGGGCCUCGUGUAUACGGAUCAUUAGUCCGUUGGACGCUCAAACGGUCAACGUCAUCCACUUAGACAACAACGAAGCUGCGUUCUCGCUGGCAAUUGUCCCGUUCGCUGCGAAGAACAACGAGCUUCAUCUUGUCGUGGGCACCGCGCAGGAUACUUUCCUCGCUCCGCGCUCAUGUACGAGCGGCUUUUUGAGGACGUAUCGCUUCACCGAUGAUGGUAGGAACUUGGAACUGCUGCACAAGACCGAGACGAACGAUGUGCCAUUGGCUAUCAUGGCGUUCCAGGGAAAGUUGGUCGCUGGCGUAGGAAAGGCCUUGCGAUUGUAUGAUAUAGGCAAGAAAAAGCUACUCCGUAAAGUGGAGAACAAAACACUCGGCUCCACCAUCGUCACACUGAAUACGCAAGGGUCGAGGAUCAUCAUCGGCGACAUGCAAGAGUCAGUCUUCUAUGCCGUGUAUAAGCCUCCAGAAAAUCGCCUGCUCGUUUUCGCCGACGAUGUACAACCCCGCUGGGUCACUGCGACAACUAUGCUGGACUACAACACCGUGGUCGCCAGCGAUCGCUUCGGGAAUGUUUUUGUCAACCGCCUAGACGCCAAGAUCUCUGACCAGAUCGACGACGACCCGACAGGUGCCGGUAUCUUGCAUGAGAAGGGUGUCCUGUUUGGUGCGCCUCACAAGACUGCCAUGCUCGCGCACUUCCACAUCGGCGAUAUCGUCACCUCCCUCAACAAGAUUUCGCUCGUCGCCGGUGGCCGCGAGGUCAUCCUUUACACCUGCCUGCACGGGACAAUCGGCAUUCUCGUGCCGUUCGUGUCGAAGGAAGACGUCGACCUACUCACGACUCUCGAGCAGCACAUGCGGACGGAGCAGCUCAGUCUCGUCGGACGCGACCAUCUCGCAUGGCGGGGGUACUACGUGCCCGUCAAGGCCGUCGUCGACGGGGACCUAUGCGAGUCGUUUGCGAAGUUGCCCGCCAACAAACAGAGCUCGAUCGCCGGCGAGCUUGAUCGGACGGUGGGUGAGGUGCUCAAGAAGCUCGAGCAGUUGCGUGUCACCGCGAGCGGAUUCUGAGCGGUAGUCGGUCGUGUCGUGUCGUGUAUAAUGUUGAGUUACAUGUGUACAUGUUGACAUUCUUUGUCUCGCACUGGUGUCUGUGGACUGCAAACAUCACGACGAGAGGGAUAGACCACGACGACAUGGAUGCCUCCUUGACCCCAUGGGAGAUAGAGAAGUUCGCUACACGCGGGGUAGAACGGGGAAGACCGGAAUAGAGCUCAAUACGUUGAGGCCUGCCGUGUCACCUCACCAUACUCCGGAAAUGUGGGAGUCACUGUCGGGGAAUUCCUCAUGGUUCGUCUCAGGAUAUAUAAAUGUUGUCAUUAGUU